AUGAGGUACCAUAAAGCUGGUUGGGAAGAAGUUUUUAAACCAGUAAGCGAUACCUGUACGGAUCCUACGGGUAAAACAAUAGCCAGCUGGCCUGGAAAUACGGAAACUCAAGUAAUCAAUUUACCUAUAAUUGAUUCACUUUCUCCUAGACCUCCAUUUUUACCACUUGCCAUUCCGGAAGACCUGGCACCAAGGUUAACACGAUUACACGGAGACCCCAUCGUGUGGUGGGUAGGUCAGAUUUUGAAGUAUCUUUUAAGGCCUCAAGAAAAAACAAAGAAGAUGCUUCAGGACACUAUGGCUAAGAUGGGUUUCAAGAGACCAAUUGUAGGAGUUCAUAUUCGUCGUACUGACAAGGUAGGUACUGAAGCUGCUUUCCAUGGAUUGGAGGAAUACAUGGCUCAUGUUGAUGAAUAUUACAAUGGGCUAGAGUUAAAGCAAAGAGUAGACAAGAGAAGGAUAUAUCUCGCAUCAGACGAUCCAAAGGUUUUUAAAGAAGCUCAGAAACUAUAUCCGAACUAUGAAAUAAUCGGCGAUCCUUCCAUAGCGAAGACAGCUGCAGUUUCUACCCGAUACUCUGACACUUCUCUAUUUGGUAUAAUUAACGACAUCAAUAUGUUAUCCAUGAGCGACUAUCUGGUAUGUACAUUUUCUUCUCAAGUUUGUAGGGUUGCUUACGAAAUAAUGCAAAACUAUUAUCCAGACGCCACAACCAGAUAUCGUUCGCUAGACGAUAUAUACUAUUAUGGCGGCCAAAAUGCGCAUAAUAUGAUCGCGGUGUUACCCCACGAACCAAAACGAAAAGGUGAGAUGUAUGUAUCUGUGGGGGAUGUCAUAGGUGUCGCCGGUAAUCACUGGAACGGGUUCAGUAAGGGGCGGAAUCUCAGAACAAAUCAAAUCGCAUUUUAUCCUAGUUUUAAAGUAAAAGAUAAAAUAGAAACUGCCAAAUUUCCUACAUAUUCCGAGGUACAUAAAGCUCAAUAA